AAUCAGACAGUGAGAAAAACGAGAGGAGUUUGGGCACAAUUAUUCGAAGUUGUAAAUUUGCCAUCGUUUGUUUUGGGAGCCCAGCUGCAUGAACUGUAGGGGCAGCUUGUCCCUGAGGAUGUAGCCACGAGCUGCCUGCACCAGCAGCAGCAGCCUCUGCUCUCACAGACACGGACUAAUAAAGUUGAUGCUUGUUGAUGGUUUGGAAGAUGGCGGCUUCCAGGACGCCCUUGGUUCCGUUCGGUCGUUUGAGCUGCUUCUUAAACGUUGAAAGACGUGGGGUGAAGCACACGCUGUGGUUGGCAAACCGGGUUUUCUUCAAAGGUUAUGCUCUUCCAGCAACAAACAGUGCUGCACCUAAUACAGGAUUUCAGUCGAAAGGUUCUGCCUUUGCAUCAAGUGUUGAAGGGCCUUUAGAGCACUACGAAUUGUUGGUCAGUCUAGGCGACCUAAAAGCUGAUGGCCACCAGAGAAAAGUUGUGCAGUGUUUACAGAAGCUUCAUGAAGCACUUAAAGGAUACAAUCCUGGUCAGCAAAAUUUCUUCUCAAAGUUUUUUGAAAGAUCUGUACCUCCAAAAGGCCUUUAUGUGUAUGGAGAUGUUGGGACGGGGAAGACCAUGGUGAUGGACCUGUUUUAUUCUCACGCAACUGUUAAAAGGAAAAGUAGAGUACAUUUUCAUGGUUUCAUGCUGGAUGUCCAUCAAAGAAUUCAUCGGUUAAAGCAGACUUUGCCAAAAAGAAAACCUGGCUUAAUGGCCAAGUCCUAUGAUCCAAUAGCACCUAUCGCUGCAGAAAUCAGUAAUGAGAGCUGCCUGUUAUGUUUUGAUGAGUUUCAGGUUACAGACAUUGCUGAUGCCAUGAUACUGAAGCAGCUUUUCGAAAACCUAUUUCAAAAUGGUGUUGUUGUUGUUGCCACAUCCAAUAGACCACCCGAAGACCUCUAUAAAAAUGGGCUUCAGAGGGCUAACUUUGUGCCAUUCAUUGCUGUCCUGAAGCAAUAUUGCGAAGCCAUUCAACUGGAUUCUGAAGUUGACUACAGGAAAAGACAGCUUCCUGGAGCAGGGAAACUUUAUUAUCUUACAAGUGAAGCUGAUGUGGAGGCUGUCGUGGAUAAGCUAUUUGAUGAGCUGGCUCAGAAACAAAAUGAUAUAACACGACCAAGGAUUUUGAAAGUGCAAGGCAGAGAACUGAGACUGAGCAAAGCUUGCGGAACCAUAGCAGACUGCACAUUUGAAGAGCUGUGUGAUAAACCCCUUGGAGCAAGUGAUUACCUGGAAAUGACUAAACACUUUGACACUGUAUUCAUCCGGAACAUACCAAUGCUGACUUUGGCAAAGAAGACUCAAGCACGACGCUUCAUCACUCUCAUUGAUGCCUUUUACGAUCACAAGGUCAGGGUUAUUUGCUCAGCUGCAAUGCCUUUGGAGAGAAUAUUUGUUCAGAAGGAUCACGACAGUCAUGACGACGAUGCCAGAGUCUUCAUAGAUGACCUAGGAUUGGAACAGACAAAAGUGGAAGACCUUUCAAUUUUUUCUGGAGCAGAAGAAAUAUUUGCAUUUCAGCGCACAGUCUCACGGCUCACAGAAAUGCAGACUGAGCAGUACUGGAAUGAAGGAGACAGGGGAAAGAAGUGACUCUGCUGAGUGAAAGCAAAUGUAAAUCUGUCAAACAAAUUCAGCAACAGAUCAAAUUCUAGUUUAAUUUAGGAACUGAGGCGCAAUGAUACUUUAUUUGCACAAUGUUCAAAGGACCAUUGACAUUCUUCAGUACAACAAUUUCAAGAUUUCCUUGACCCAAACUGCCAGUUUUCAUUGGUGUUGAUAUUGGUAAUCUAAGCAUAAUACUGUCUAACCACUACUUCCUGAUUCAUUUCUUCUGUGCAGCACUUCUUUAUGUUUGUAUUUUUCCAUGUUCUGAAACUUUGACCCUAAGUCUAGGCUGCUCCAAGAAACAUGGUAAGAAGUCAUGGAACGAAAAAUACAUUUAUCCUCUCAAGAGCACUCCUUGCACAGACUAUGUAUUAUCUCACAUUGUGGGCUGUAUUCCAUUAAGUUAACAUCCUCGGGGAAGUUUUACAUUAAUAUUUUGAAUAUUUGUAUAUUUAAACUCCAGAAAUAAAAUGGUU